CGCGGAUCCUGUGACACCUCCCAGCAGCCAGGCACUUGUUGCUCUCCGGACUUGUCAGUCCCUCCAGGCCCCUUUUCCCCACCUGCUCCUGAAGUCUAUCCUUUUCCUGUGAUACCUGGGACGCUGAUCUCUCAGACAUCGCUGUCCCCGCUUGGGAACAUUGAUGGUCUUUUUAAAAAAUUAAACACCUAGUGCAAGAGAGGCCCGGCUGUGAGCAGGAGCGGGACUCGCUGCAGAGGUGGCGCCUCUCCAGCCCACGACGGUAGCCCGGGGCGCCGAAGGUAUGUCGGACUCAGCAACAGCUAACGGGGAGGACCGGGACCCGGAGAUCGAGCUCUUCGUGAAGGCUGGGAUUGAUGGAGAAAGCAUUGGCAACUGCCCUUUCUCCCAGCGUCUCUUCAUGAUCCUCUGGCUGAAAGGAGUCGUAUUCAAUGUCACCACUGUGGAUCUGAAAAGAAAGCCAGCGGACCUACACAACCUGGCUCCAGGCACACAUCCGCCCUUCCUGACCUUCAACGGGGAUGUGAAGACUGACGUCAACAAGAUUGAAGAGUUCUUGGAGGAGACCUUGACCCCCGAAAAAUACCCCAAACUGGCUGCGAAACACCGGGAGUCCAACACAGCAGGUAUUGACAUCUUCUCCAAGUUCUCUGCCUACAUCAAAAACACCAAGCAGCAAAACAAUGCCG